CGUCCUCGUCCUCGUCCUCGGGCUUCCUCUACCGGCGGCUCAAGACGCACGAAAAGCGAGAGAUGCAGAAGGAAAUCCUGUCGGUGUUGGGGCUCCCGCACCGGCCGCGGCCGCUGCACGGCCUCCUGCAGCCACAACGCCCCGCGCUCCCGCAGCAGCAGAUGCCCCGCGGGGAGCCCCCUCCCGGGCGGCUGAAGUCUGCACCCCUCUUCAUGCUGGAUCUGUACAACGCCCUGUCCGCCGAUGACGACCAGGACGGGGAUUUGGAGGGGGACCCGAGGCACUCCGGGCUCCACGGAGGGGCCAGCUCAUCUCGGCCCCGGCCUCCGCCCGGAGCCGCACCGCCCCUCCUUCGCAAGAGCCUCCUGGCCCCGGCACCUGACGGCGGCGGCGCAUCCCCACUGGCUACCGCGCAGGACAGCGCCUUCCUCAGCGACGCCGACAUGGUCAUGAGCUUUGUGAACCUGGUGGAGUACGACAAGGAGUUCUCCCCUCGCCAGCGACACCACAAAGAGUUCAAGUUCAACUUAUCCCAGAUUCCUGAGGGUGAGGCGGUGACGGCUGCUGAAUUCCGCAUCUACAAGGACUGUGUUGUGGGGAGUUUUAAAAACCAAACUUUUCUUAUCAGCAUUUAUCAAGUCUUGCAGGAGCACCAGCACAGAGACUCUGACCUAUUUUUGUUGGACACCCGGGUCGUGUGGGCCUCAGAAGAAGGCUGGCUGGAAUUUGACAUCACAGCCACCAGCAACCUGUGGCUGGUGACACCGCAGCACAACAUGGGGCUCCAGCUGAGCGUGGUGACGCAGGAUGGACUCCAUGUCAAUCCCCGCACUGCGGGCCUGGUGGGCAGAGACGGCCCUUACGACAAGCAGCCCUUCAUGGUGGCCUUCUUCAAGGUGAGCGAGGUCCAUGUACGCACUGCCAGGUCGGCCCCUGGCCGGCGCCGCCAGCAGAGUCGCAACCGCUCCACCCAGUCCCAGGAUGUGUCCCGGGUCUCCAGUGCUUCGGAUUACAACAGCAGUGAAUUAAAAACAGCCUGCCGGAAGCACGAGCUUUAUGUGAGCUUCCAAGACCUGGGGUGGCAGGACUGGAUCAUUGCGCCCAAGGGCUACGCUGCCAACUACUGUGAUGGAGAAUGCUCCUUCCCACUCAAUGCGCACAUGAAUGCCACCAACCACGCCAUCGUGCAGACCCUGGUUCACCUUAUGAAUCCUGAGUACGUCCCCAAGCCCUGCUGUGCGCCAACUAAACUAAAUGCCAUCUCCGUUCUUUACUUUGAUGACAACUCCAAUGUCAUCUUGAAAAAAUACAGGAAUAUGGUGGUGAGAGCUUGUGGAUGCCAUUAACUUGAAACCAGUUGCUGGGAACAUACAGUACACUGUGGAGUCCAGGAUUACGCCUGCCUUAAAAAAAACGAAACCCUAAAAUGAAGCGGCACAGCAGACGUGGGAGAAGACUUGGAGAGCAUCUUCCGCUGGUGCCUUAGGAGCUGCGGGAGGAGGACUUCCAAAGGACCUACCUAGCUAAUGGCUUGCUCGCUCCAUACGUAUGCGGGCUGCUGGUCUGUAGGGAGUACAGCUGGGCUGUGAGGUCUGGGAACCGCAGAAACAGAGCUCUGAGGCCCCUCUGCCCCCCAGAUUAGCCUUAGCUUUAGAUCUAGCCGUUUGUGUUGCUAGUGAAGUAGGAAAACUACUCUUGGAAGAGUGGAAGCAUUCCUGGAGAAAGCACCGGCUGCUUGUGUAGUACCUGGAAUAGCAGGUUUCAGAGAUGGGAGGGGCCUCUAUUCCCGGGGCCAGGAGUUCUUACAGGAUCAGCAGCCUGGACCCCAACGGGCCUCUGCCAAGGUGCCUUCUGUCUCGUCUAUUACAUGUUCACGCUAGUUUCGUUGAUGUGAAAAGUACUUAAUUUCAGUCAAAACAAGAACUUCCUUUCCACACCUCCAUCUCCCACCCCUUUUUGCUAUAACUAAAAGUAGAGCCAUGACUUUGGGGGGCCCGGUAUGCGCAGGGCCGUCACUUUAGCCAUGUCCCACCUGAAGGCGGCCCGCAUUCCCCCACGGGCCCUCUGCAGGGCUUGUUACCCCCUGCAGCACUGGCUCUGGUACUUCAGCCACUCAUUAGCGCGGUCACCGCCAUCUACUGUCCAGCAUCCAGCGCAGCACAAUGAGGGCCCACAGGGAGACACCCCUGGGGCGGAGGGCGCCGCACCCCUAGAGCAGGUUCCCAGAAGUGAGCGUGCUGCUUAUGGACUGAAAUCACAAUGUUCUCUCAUAGAAAAUGAAGAUCCAGAUUAAAUCUUAGAAUAUUUCUAAAAUGCCUUGUUCACAAUCAUGUACUGGGAAACCAAUUCAUACUAAACUGAUUAAAUAAUACAUUUAUAAUCUAUAAGUGUUUGUACUUACAGCUUUUUUUGUAAAUAGAAACUAAUUUAUUGUCUGUUUACUAUCUGUUUUGCUAUAACAUUUAAGGAAAGACCAGACGUUUUUUUUAAAGGUUUAUUUAGAAAGUAUAGU